ACUACUUCUUCCUCUCGAGGGCAGCUCUAACUUAGCAUGAUCAAAAUGCUGCUUUGGGAUCACGACGGCGAAUGGGGUCCAAGCUGUGAAUGAAGGCAGCGCAUGGGCAAAGGAGCGGUCAGUGAGAGCUGACCUCGUGGAAAAGAGGGGAGAGGGGCAUGCACGGACCAAGUCUGCGCUUUCCUUCAGCCUCAAAGCUCAGAUUGCACAUCUCGUCCUUGUCUCUCUGGCUCGGACCCACAGACACACACACUCUCUCUCUCUCUUCCGUUCUCUCUCACCAACAAAGCCAGUCUAGACGCGGAGGGGAGCAGAGAGCAAGAUGGAAAGCGGUCUCUUUUCGCUUCCCUACCAGCUUCUCGUCGACAAUGUGCUCCCUCGCCUUGAUCUCCGCUCCCUUGUCCGGCUGAGACUCGUCAGCAGAGAGCUGCGCGCCGUCGUCGACGAUCAGGUCCUGUGGCGUCGCCUCAUCGCAGACGAUUACCACUUCCCCGUCUCGACGGCCACCGCACGCCAGACUGGCUGGCAGGACCUCUACAAGGGACUGAGCAAUCCAGAGGUCUAUGUCUGGGGCGAUACCAGGAAUCACCGAUUGGGAAGCGCCUGGCAGGGAGAGGACCACAUCCGCGCUCUCAGGCAGAAGUGCAAUGGCAUCGCCUUUCCCAUCAAGCUCGAUGUCACUUCGCCACAUCAAUUCUCGAAUGGGCAACUGUCAGACGGAGCACCAGAGGGCGAGGUGGGCGUGCCAGUUCAGCUCCAUGCAGGCGGCUGGUCCUUCUUCGCUCUCACCACAGAGGGUCGUAUCCUGGCUUGGGGUAGCGCAAACGAGCGAGAAGAAACCGCAUCAGACGGCGCUUAUCGCACCUUUCCUCACCCAACGCUGCUGGAUAUGGGCAGUGCAAGGGCAAAGACGCUCUCAGUAGGCAGGAGCUCAUUGGUGGCGCAGACGCGCGACGGCGACAUCUGGCAGUGGUGGGAUACCUGGGACCAGGUCCACUGCCUCACCAUCCAGUCAUUGGUCGUCAAGGCUGGUCUUGCAGGACAAGCGUCAUCCUCAACUCCCUCUUCCACUUUCAAGAUGCUUCAGGUAGAAGCGGGCUGGGACUUCACGGUGGCCCUGAUCCGUGAGACGCCCCGUCGCGCGGGGCAGUUCGAUGAUGUCGUCCACCAGCAAGACGAUCCGGGAGACGAAGAGUUGGCAGGAGCGCAGACGCAUCUCGUCCUUUGGGACAUGGACUGGGCUGCGGCCCCCGACGACGAAGCGGCCAACGGCGUUCUCGAUCUGCCCGUCGUCGCACUCCCGCAUAUCCCCGAGCAAAUCGUCAAGGUGGCCGCCGGGGAAAACUUCAUCGUUGCCCUCUCACACUCGGGAAAAGUCUACCACCUCUACUUGACGUCGAGGAGGGAUCCGGACCAGCUGCGCAAUCUCGUCGUUACCCAGAGCUUCCGGCUCGAGUGGAAGCUUCUGCCCAACUUUUGCAUCCCAAAAGACAUUCGAGUUUCAGGCGCCGGUGCAGUCUCAGAGGUCGACAGCGGCGACGAGGAUGCCAGUGGGAGCGACGAGGAAGAAGAAGGAGACGAUGGUUUCAACGCAAUUGGAGCUGGACGAGGUCAAAGGAACAUUUGGAACAUGGAGAGAUUCAAGCAUCUCGUCGACGACAAGACGAAAAUCACGCACAUUACGGCCCAGUUUCGUUCCUUUGCCGUGUAUGCGCCAGACUCUGGCGAGCAGUACGAAGGGCAGAGCAGCAAAGAGGGCGGCGACAAACCCAAGGGCAUUGUCCUCCUGGGUUCCAGCGAUGCGACAGCAGAGAGUCGGCCCGUGGUGCAUGCCAGGCUGCAGGGUCAGGAGGUCAUCAAGGUGACUCAUGGCGAUUGGCACACGGGCGCCCUGACGAGAGACGGCAGGGUGCUGGCCUGGGGCGCAUGGUCGAAUGGGGCCCUGGGGACGUGGGACUCGAUUCCACAUCAUCGCAAUGCGCCGUCGCUCAUCUCUGGCCAAUUCGCUACUCCUCCUUCUCCCUUUGUUGGGGAUUCGGCUGCCGCAGCUGCGGCUGCCUCAUCGAGGGCAUCUGCUGCCUCGCGCGGCACUGGCAUCUUUUCGAGGCUGCGUCAAAGCUCGAGGUGGCUGGUCUCUCCUCCGCCACGGAGCGACAACGAGGAGAACAAUGAUGUGUUUUCCGUACCUGCUCAAAUCCCAAGAACCAGGGACGAGGCAGAAGAAGAAGAGGCACACACAAUCCUCGAGAAUCGCAUUCGGCAGCAGCAACAGCAGCGCAACAGCGAGACGGAGCGAGAGGAGGGGCCAAGAGGGGAGAGGCUCAGGAUGCACGACUUCUGGAGAAAACGGCUCAAGCAGCGAGUGCUCCCGCUCGGACCCACACGGCAGCCCACACCGGUCCGCUUCGGCUUUCGAGGACUCGAAGUCGGCUCCAGCAGCCCGGAUCUCGGCGCAUCCGGGGCCGUAGACGCUGAGCGGGGUGGAGAGACCAAGUUUGUCUUUGACCUUGCCUUUGCGGGAUGGCACAGCGGCGCUCUGGCCAUCGACAAGAGCCUGCUGGGUGCCGAGGCGUCCUUGCGGUUGGCACCGUCGUAA